AUGGUCAAGACUUCCGUCCUCAAUGAUGCGCUCAACGCCAUGAACAACGCCGAGAAGGCUGGCAAGCGUCAGGUCCUCAUCCGGCCUUCGUCCAAGGUCAUCGUCAAGUUCCUCACCGUCAUGCAGAAGCACGGCUACAUCGGCGAGUUCGAGGAGGUCGAUGACCACCGCUCCGGCAAGAUCGUCAUCCAGCUGAACGGCCGCCUCAACAAGUGCGGUGUCAUCAACCCUCGCUACCCCGUCCAGCUGAAGGACAUCGAGAAGUGGGCUGUCCAGCUCCUGCCCUCGCGUCAGUUCGGCUACGUCGUCCUGACCACCUCGGCUGGUAUCAUGGACCACGAGGAGGCUCGCCGCAAGCACGUUGCUGGCAAGCUCCUUGGCUUCUUCUACUAG